CUAAGUACUGUGAACUUAGCGCCAGCGGAGUCGGAUGGAGGAAGGAUUCUAACGACCGGAUCUAAUCAGAAAGGUUGUUGCCAUCGCAACGAGUCUCCUCGGUUCCACUGCAUUCUCCUCUUCAGUCGGAGGUGUGACGGCGUGGUGGUGCGAGACAUGUCCCCUGGACAAAAUCCGCAACAACAGUACGGAAAUAAUAGUUAUAAUAACAGUAUGGCACAAAACGGACAAGCACCACCAUCCAGAAAUAUGUUUCAACAAUACAGUUCUGGACGACCAUCAGGAGGCAACAAUAACAUGUUCAGCGGUGGUAUGCGGAUGAGCGGUGUUGAUUCGCGAACCUCGUAUGCAGCACCUCCAAGGGAUGACACUCCGCUGCAAGAUGGAACGCCGCUUAGUUCGACGAAUCUUUACAUACGUGGCCUGAGUCCAAGCACAACCGAUGAAGAUCUUCGAAAAAUGUGUGCUCAGUAUGGAACGAUCACAUCUACAAAGGCGAUAAUGGAUAAGGCUCUAAAUCAAUGCAAAGGCUAUGGUUUCGUCGACUUCGAAAGCCGUGAAGCCGCUUCACGAGCGGCGUAG